UGCAAAAAAGACAAUUAAUUAAGUUACUUUUGCUGUUUUAAUCCCGGUCGCAGAGGAUUGCGAAAGCAGCUACGUCAGAACGUAUCGAUUGUAAGGCGCGGUGGUUCACGCAUGCGCGCAGCGUCAUUCGCGAUUCCUACUUUUCUAACAUAAACAGUCCUUUCUCGUUCAAACGGCCUUUGAUAGCAGCGGUAUUUUGUCUAUUCGAAUUCGCAACGCGUCUUUCCCCUUGAUUCCACUGCGUCCAUUACAAACCGAUAAGUUAGGUGACGAAACGUUUACGAAAUCCUCGUGCAUUAAUAUCGACGAACGAAUGGAGAUGUGACUUGUUCUUGCUCCGAAAGAACGGUCAGUUACGUCGAAGCAACAGAUUGUUAUGUGAACAAGGAAACCGGUGCGUAUAGGGAUGUAAUUUACCGUGAACCGAGCCGGGGAAAAGGAGACAAGUUCCGGUGACCGAUAUCAGAGAACGUUAGACACUGUUGGGCAAUAAGAUGGUUCACGUGGAUGGAUAUAUUCCUUUUUCGACUGGUGGCCUGCCAAAAAGUCCAAGUUUCCACCAGGGGCUCGCCUUGGCUACUGUUUUAUCUCGAGAAUCGAAUAAACCUUACUUGACCAACUUCACUUCGCAUUAUCAACCGUUACGACCCCUAUUAAUCGAAACUCAACAAGGAAACGAAAGAGAAGAAUUAUUCAUCCAGAAACUACGGCAAUGUUGUGUGCUAUUCGACUUCGAGUCCGAUCCUCUUUCGGAUCUAAAAUGGAAAGAGGUGAAGCGUACUGCCCUCAACGAGAUGGUCGAAUAUGUCACCAAGAACAAAAACGUGAUCACGGAGGCGAUCUACCCUGAAGCGGUGAACAUGUUUGCAGUGAAUCUGUUUCGCACUCUUCCACCAUCGUCGAAUCCGAACGGAGCGGAGUUCGAUCCGGAAGAGGAUGAGCCAACGUUGGAAGCAGCCUGGCCUCACUUGCAACUAGUUUACGAAUUCUUCUUACGAUUGCUCGAGUCUCAGGAUUUCCAGCCCUCCAUCGCUAGACGUUACAUAGAUCAGAAGUUCGUGUUGCAACUUUUGGAACUAUUUGACUCGGAGGAUCCACGGGAAAGAGAUUUCCUGAAGACAACGCUUCAUAGGAUUUAUGGGAAGUUUUUGGGACUUAGAGCGUACAUCAGGAAGCAAAUAAAUAAUGUUUUUUAUCGAUUUAUAUAUGAAACUGAACACCAUAAUGGAAUUGCCGAACUCCUUGAAAUUUUGGGAAGUAUAAUCAAUGGGUUCGCACUACCAUUAAAAGAAGAACACAAAAUAUUUCUAUUAAAGGUACUUUUACCUUUACACAAAGCCAAAUCGCUCUCUGUAUAUCAUCCGCAAUUAGCAUACUGCGUGGUUCAGUUCCUGGAGAAGGACCCAUCAUUGACUGAACCUGUUAUUAGAAGCCUGCUGAAAUUUUGGCCGAAAACACAUUCCCCUAAAGAAGUAAUGUUUUUGAACGAGCUUGAAGAAAUUCUCGAUGUGAUUGAACCUGCGGAAUUUCAAAAAGUCAUGGACCCAUUAUUUAGACAAUUAGCGAAAUGUGUAUCAUCUCCACACUUUCAGGUGGCUGAAAGGGCUCUGUAUUACUGGAACAACGAAUACAUAAUGUCCCUUAUAUCGGAUAACUAUGCAGUCAUCCUACCAAUCAUGUAUCCAGCAUUCUACAGAAAUUCUCGAAAUCAUUGGAACAAAACUAUUCACGGCUUGAUUUAUAAUGCAUUGAAGCUAUUCAUGGAGAUGAACCAGAAAGUAUUCGACGAGUGUACACAACAGUAUUAUCAGGAUCGACAGAGAGAAAGGAAGUUUAUGAAAGACAGGGACGAAGCGUGGAUGCGCGUUGAAGCAUUAGCAAUGAGACAUCCGAAUUACAACGCGGCUCUAAAAGGUAUUACGAAUACAACAUCUGGCACGAUAUUGCAACAACAAUUAGACAGCCCUCCACCUGACGAAGACGGUGAUACAGAUCAGACUCCGCUCACAUUGGAAAAGAUAGAAGCGAAAGCGAACGAGGCAAAAAAAAUGACCAACUCCAAUAAAACAAAGCCACUUUUGCGAAGGAAAAGCGACUUACCCCAAGACACGUACACAAUGCGGGCAUUGUCCGAUCACAAACGCGCAGACGAAUAUCUUGUUACGCCACCGGAUCCUAACAAUUGCUAGUCUCUACCGCAAUCUCUUCCCAUAUAUCCUCUCUUUUGCUGCAGUGAUUUUGGGAGUUAGCUUUUUCGAAGAGAGAAACGAAACAGCGAUGAGUCGGAUCUAAUCAAUCGAGCAGUCACAACAUUCGACGACAACCGUCUACAACAGAAUUUGAUCGUUUAGAGAAGUCAACAUUGUCAUAAUUAUCUCUCUCCUCUUUCCCCACCCUCCCUCUUGUAUCAGAAAGUAUCAAGAUGUGUAUUGUAAUAUCUUUUUCUUUGUAUCUCGGUAAACGAAAAAAAGCUUUCUCUCAUUGCACCCAGCACAUUCGGAAGAUGUAUCCAUGUCCGUAGUAAUCUAUAAAAAAGAAAAGGAAGGAAAAAUGCUGAUAACUUCCUAUAUACUCUUCGAGUUGAUUUACGUAAGGUAUCGCGAGAUUUAUGAAAAUACUACAUACUCGCUAUCAAAGAAAUGAAAAAAAAAAACAUGAGAUGUAAAAGAAACCUAGUAAAUAAGGGUCCUAAGUGUAUUAAAUAAUACACAGAGUAUUUUAUAAAUUGUAGAUUUCUUGCGUAUGGAGAAAUCUAUCGCUGACAAUAAGACAGUUUUUUCACACUCAUAUGUACGUCUUCACAUUCUUAAAUUUUCUGUGCUCGAUGUUCAAUAGAUACUUGGCAUACAGGUUAGAUCAUACACUAAGUUAAUGAUCGAACUGAAAGCUCAAACGAUUUACUUACUAAGACUUAUUCGUAAUUGUUUUAAAACAGGUUGUCUUGCUUUUGGCGGGGGAUUUUCUUCAUAUCAUAGGAAUUUAUGGUUUAUCGAACACCAUAUAUACAGGGUGAGUCACAAUGCGUGGACAAAAUUUUACAAGUUGAUUCUUUUACAAGUUUUAUCUAAAGGAGUGAAUAAAUUCUUUUAUUUUUUUAUAUAUUAAAAGCGUAUGAAAUGUAAAUAUCACUAAGUAAAGUGAUGAAACAAUAAUUUCUGAUAAACUAUUUCAGAGUUAAACAUUCUUCUAAAAACACAUCAAAGCUUUAACUACUUCUACAUGAUAUUUUUUAUUCAGAAUCACCUUUCGAAUUAAUUGAUAAAUUUUUGUUCACUUGCGGUGAUAUACAUCUUGUAUAUAUACUCUAAAUAAACAAACAAAUUUUAUACGAAUUCGAAAGGUCAGAAAGAAUGGCCGCGUGCUUGAUGUCGUAAUAAUUAACAAUAAUAAAAAAAAAGAUAAGAAUACAAAUUUUAGAAUGCAAGUUUGAGGCGUUACUCUUUUGAGCGAGGUUUCCACUGAUGCGCAAACGACAGACAUUUAAUGACACACAAGUGAUAUAUAGUUGCUUCAACGCUACCAGCUCGUAAUUUAGCGGCAAAUAAUAAUAAUAAUAAUAAUAAUAAUAAUGAUAAAAAAAGAAAGAAAAACGAAAAAAAUUGCAAAAAGAAAUGAAAACGUCGUUUUAGAGUUAGAUGAACGUGAUAGCACUAUUUUAGAAUAUCGAUUGUUAUAAAUCUGAAUAUUCCUGAACGUACUACUUUUAUAUCUGUCGUGCCUAGAUGCCUGUGGAACGCAUUCGCAAGAAUCGCCUCUGCCAGAGGCCUAUAAUUAAGAAUCGUUAAAACAAAAGAAAAUAAAAAAAAAAAA